AUGGACUGGAAAUGUGGGGAUUGCAUAGAUACAGAUCAAUCAGCUAGUUGUCAAGGGGGUGUGUCCCCAUACCAAACCAGGUUAUCAAGAAAUGGUACAAGUAUUUUAUACCAGCCAGGAUUAUUAGUAGGAGGUAAAAUCGAGCAUGAUUGUAAUAUACAGCGCAGCAUAGGCUACUAUCUGGAAGGAUUAAUAUGCUUAGCUCCUUUCACAAAGAAACCAAUUCAAGCAGUUUUAAGAGGAGUCACCAAUGACCAAAUUGACCCAUCAGUUGAUAUGAUCAAGUUAUCUACUUUUCCAGUACUGAAGAGGUUUUUAGGCACAGAUGAGGGUUUAGAACUAAAGAUUGUAAGAAGGGGGGCAGCCCCAGAGGGAGGUGGGGAGGUGACCUUCACAUGUCCUUGUCGACAGAAACUAAGACCUUUGCUGUUCACAGAUCCUGGAAAGAUCAAAAGAAUAAGAGGCAUAGCCUGGGCUGUGAGAGUGGCACCUGUUGUGACGAACCGAAUAGUGGACUCUGCCAGGAGCAUACUGAAUAAGUUUAUACCAGAUAUCUACAUAUACACUGACCAUUACAAAGGGGGCCAGUCAGGAAAAUCCCCAGGUUUUGGUUUGACGUUAGUGGCGGAGACAACAAAUGGAUCAUUUCUUUGCGCAGAAACCUCCUCCAAUCCUAAAGGAUCAGACAAAGGACCCUCUGUUCCAGAGGAUCUCGGGAAAGAGACAGCAAAGUUACUGCUAGAGGAAAUAUAUAAGGGAGGAUGUGUAGAUUCCACCAAUCAGAGUGUGACUGCGUUAUUUAUGGUCCUAGGUCAACAAAAUGUCUCCAAAGUUCAAACAGGUCCCCUAACACCAUACUCAAUCCAGUUUUUGAGGCACAUCUACGAUUUCUUUGAUGUCAUGUUCAAAGUGGAACCACAGCCGAUACCUGAGGAGGAUGAGGAUUUAAGGAUGGGAGGAGAGAAACUUAUCAUGACUUGUGUGGGAGUAGGCUACUCAAAUGUCAGCAAAGCUGUUAGUUAAUGAUUCUCAUGUGUAUAAAUAUUUAUUCCGGUACCCACAAUUUUAUUUCGAGCUGAAGAAGCUUGUUCUCAGAUGUGUUCAAGGAAGAAAACCAAACCUGACUGGAAUUGAUUCAAGCAAAUUUUAAAACCCUGGGGAAAAUACUUUAUUCAAAUAUUUUACUUCAAGGAAAGCUUAAAUGUCUUAUAUAUUGCACAUAUGUGAGUUAUUCUUACAUGGUAUGUGUAUAUUUUCUCAGUUCAGAGGAAAUUCAAAUACUUUGCAAAAUAAUGUCCAUACAUACUAGUAAUUGUAUGUAAAUGUAAGAUAAUAAGAAUGUAAUAAUAAAUAUACCUGAAAGAUAUUGUAUUUGUCUAAUAUGUUUAAAACAUUUAUAAUGA